UGAAACUGUUUUAAAAAUUUUUAUUUUUUAUUUUAGUAUUUUUUUUUUAUAAAAUUUUAAACCCUAAUUUCAAAACCCCACCCCUUAACUCUAAACCCUAAGAUUUGGAUUAAUUAACCCAAUGGGUAUAAGUGUAUAUUUACCUCUUUAAUGAAACCUAUUUUUGUGACUUUGAGCCUUGAGUGCUACUUUGGGAACAAAAACUUGGUUUAGUGUUAUCCUAAUCUUUUUCUCUACUUUUAACUUAAAAUCAGUUGGCCAAAAUUGACCAUAAUGCUUUAUAUAUUACUUAAUUUUUUUUUUCUUAAUUUGUAGAUGUGAAAUACUUUAUCUUUAAUACAUUUUUGAGGUAAUGGCUAAUGAUAAAAAAAACUAAGAAUUUAGGAUAUGAUAUCCGGUCGAGAUGGUUAACUACGAUGCCAUAUUAAAUUUAUAUUUAUCAUGGACUUUUAAUUUUAAACCAAUUGUCGAUAGAUUCGUCGUAAUCCUUUUAAUAUUAAUCUAUUAGUUUUUCAAAUAGAACUUUUAUUUAUUAUUAUAGAUACCAACUUUUACGUUCAAGUGUGACAAUUGUGAGAAUAACAUCUACCGGUGACCUAACAUCAGAUGGCCUUUGAUAUCAUAUUAAAUUUGAGUCUUUUAUGAAUUUCUAAAUAAAAAUUAAUUGGCAAUAAAAGAAAUGGUGCUAGCUUAUACAUUAGUUAAGGUUCUCUUAAGUUUCCCAUUGUGGAGUAUUUUAUCCCUCAUAAUUUAGGAAACCAAACCAACAAAAAAGAGAGUUACUGACGUUAUGUUGACCUUAACAUUCAAUCGCACCGUUUCGCAUGGAUAUAUGCAUGUCCACAAGAUCAAACAAGAUUGUUCUUUCUCUUCGGGCCACUGAAAAUGUUCUAUCUGAAGGAGCAAAUAUCCUCUGAACAUGUUGUUUUCAAAGCCCUUUCUCAAAAAAAAAACAUGUUGUUUUCAAGGGUUAGCAUGUGCCUCGCACAUAGACGACAUUAUCUUCAUAAAAUCUCACUGCAGUUGUUUAUUGCAAUACACAUUGUUUACACUAUUAUAUAGGAAAUUUAUGCAAGAACUAAAGGGGAGUUUUCAGAAGAGUGGCCCGUAAUAUGUAAAAGUUUGUGAAGAUAUGAGUUGUUUCAAAAUGGUUGGAAGUGAUCGAAUUGUUAGAGAAGGUAGCUCUCGAGUGCUACACAAUAAGUAUUUCUCCCAUGAUGGCAAAUGUUGACAACUAUCAAUCUUGAUUCAUGACUUAGGUUUUCUUAAACAUCUCAAGCGCUCUUACAAGAAAGAGAAAAAAGCCCUCAGAUACAUGACAACCCCAAAAAGAUAACUAAGAAGAAGCAAACAUGGCGUAACGUAGAUCUCAAUUACCGACAAAAAAAAAAAAAACUAGAUCUCUAUUUACUCACCAGUAUUGCAUGGAAGCAAUAAGCAUGAUGAGUACCCUACCGUGUACGAUCUCAUAACUUCGUAAAAACUCACUCUAUCCCGGCAACCACUAAAACACAUUGAUAUUGUUGUGUCACUAUGUGAUAUGUUGAAUCUUGCUACAUAGAAAUUGUUGUCUCUACCAUAACCCUUUUAAAAACUCAAACCUAGCUAUUUAAAUGAACCUGAUAUUAUGUACGAUUUACAGUAACCAAUAUAUAUUCUUGGAUUUUUUUCAUAGAAAUAAUCUACUUUACUACGCCUAGAAUGCACAUAUAAACAUCAAAUUUUCAUUUUGAUCUUGAUCUUGCAUCAGUUUUAUUCUUGACAACCUUCGAACAAAAGAUAUCAAUACUCUUACCAUGUAGUUUUUUUUUUCAGAGAAAGACCAUGUAGUUAACAAACCCUGUUUAGUUAUAAUUACCGUCUAACUCAUUCACUGCACAUGACUCGACUUCCGAUACAUAUUUUCAUAGUCUCUGAACGAUCCCAAAUAUUCCCAACACUUUAAGUUUGUUUCCCAGCUUAGACAUAUUGAUUUCAUCGGAUCCAUGUCCACCAUAAAUAUAAUCUUUCAAUCAAGUAAUUAGAUCAGUUCAUAUGACAUAUAAAAAAAACUUUCUUCGCGCUUUGUUAUUUCAUACACAACGUACUCGAAGAAACAAUUACGAUCUUACAAGAAAGAAAAAAAAUCCCAAAAACAUGAAAAGGAAACAAAUGUGACGUGACGUAACGUAGAUCUCCACAUACUCCAAUCGUUUUGCAUGGAGCAUGCAUGUGUACCUUGCACGUUAUAGACUACACAACUCCUUCAUAAAAUCCCCCUCCCUUCCCAUCACCAAACAGCAACCAUCCAAUCAGAAACACAUGAGGGAAGAAGAACAUCAAAACGAAUUAGUUCAAACUCCAUCACAGAGAGCGGAAAAUUGCUUCCGUUGCAAUGUGUUCGCGUUUCUCACCCCACUCUUGGAGGUUAUCAAGGUGGUUGCUGCUCCCGUUGCCUCCGUGAUCUUUAUAGGCUUCGCCGGGAUAAUACUCGCCGGUUUAGCCGUGGCAUUAGCCGUAUCCGCACCGCUUCUCAUCAUAUUCAGUCCGGUUCUGGUACCUGCUGCCACUAUAGCCACUACUCUCGGCACAGGUGUCGCCUUCGCAGUGACGUCCGUGGCUCUCAUUAUAUGGCUCACCAAGCAUAGGAUGGGAGUAAAGCCCGAGCAUAAUCCACCUCCACGAGGAGCUCCACCGACCAGAUCUAGUUCAUCAAGGACCGGAUCUAGUUCAUCAAGAAGUAAAGGUAAACACUUGGUUAAAGAUAUAUUGAAAAAAAUAAUUAAAUCUAAAAUUAAAAGCAUAUUGAAAGGGAAAAACAGUUCAUCAGUAAAAGAAGAUUCGUCUAUGAAUAGAAUUAAAUCAACUGAAAAAUCACAUGGCAAUUCAUCCGAUGGUCAAAAAUCGCCAGUAAAUAAAAUUUCACCUAAUCGUGAAAAUUCAUGUACAUGUGAAAGUUUACCGAAAAAUGAAAGUAAACAUGCGGGUAAAAAUCCACCAAUGAGUGAAAGUUCAUCAAGCGCUGGAAGUUCAUCUAGAGGUGGAAAUUCACCUGGCGAAAAAAAAACACCCAAAAAUGAAAGUAAACACAAGGGUAAAAAUACUAAAGUAAAAUCUAAAACUAAAAGUAAACUAAAAAAUAAAAUUGGUUCAUCUGGUGGUGAAAGUUCACCAAGCGGGGAAAUUUCACCUGGUAGUGGAAAUUCAUCGAGCAAUACAAGUUCACCUAAAGACGUAAGUAAACACAAUGGUAAAAAAAAUAUCAUAGAUAAAGUUAAAUCAAAGAUUAAAAGUAAACUAAAUGGUAAGAAUAGUUCAUCCGGUGGCGGAGGCUCACAAAGGAGCGAAGGUUCACCAAGCGGUAUAAAUACACCAGUUAGUGGAAAUUCAUCGAACAGUGCAAAUUCACCCAAAAAUACAGGAAAACAUAAGAAUAAAAGCACUAUUGUAGAUAAACUUAAAUCCAAGAUUAAAAGUAAAUUGAAAGGAAAGAGUGGUCCACCUAGUGGUGGAAGCUCAUCAAUGAGUCGAGGUUCACCAAGCGGUGGCAGUUUACCUGGCCAAGAAAAUUUAUCUAGCGGUGGAAGUUCACCCAAGGAUGGAGGUAAAAAAAGUAUUAUAGAUAAAGUUAAAUCAAAGAUUAAAAGUAAACUAAAAGGUAAGAAUAGUUCAUCCGGUGGCGGAAGCUCACAAAUGAGUGAAAGUUCACCAAGCGGUGAAAGUUCACCUGUCAGUGGAAAUUUAUCGAGCGGUGCGAGUUCACCCAAAAAUAAAAAUAAACACAAGGGUAAAAGCACUAUUGUAGAUAAACUUAAGUCCAAGAUUAAAAGUAAAUUGAAAGGAAAGAAUAGUCCAUCUAGUGGUGGAAGCUCAUCGAAGAGUGGAGGUUCACCAAGCGGUAGCAGUUCACCUGGCCAAGAAAAUUCUUCUAGCGGUGCAAGUUCACCCAAGGAUUCAGGUAAACCCAAGAGUAAAAGCACUAUUUUAGAUAAAGUUAAAUCAAAGAUUAAAAGUAAAUUGAAAGGUAAGAGCGGUUCAUCCGAUGGUGGAAGCUCACCGAUGAGUGGAGGUUCACCUAACAGUGGUAGUUCACCUGGCCAUGGAAAUUCAUCUAGCGGUGAAAAUUCGCCCAAGAAUGGAGGUAAAAUCAAGGGUAAAAGCACUAUCUUAGAUAAAGUAAAAUCAAAGAUUAAAAGUAAAUUAAAAGGUAAGAGCGGUUCAUACGAUGGUGGAAGCUCACCAAUGAGUGAAAGUUCGCCAAGCGGUAGAAGUUCAGCUAGCAGUGAAAGUUCACCUAGCGGUGGAAAUACACCUAAAAAUGAAAGUAAACACAAGGGUAAAAAUACUAUUCUUGAUAAAUUAAAAUCCAAGAUUAAAAGUAAACUAAAAGAUAAGAGUGGUUCAUCUGGUGGUGGAAGUUCACCAAGCGGCGGAAAUUCACCUGGUAGUGGAAAUUCACCGAGCAGUGCAAGUUCACCUAAGGAUGUAAGUAAACACAAGGGUAAAAAAAAUAUCAUAGACAAGGUUAAAUCAAAGAUUAAAGGUAAAAUAAAAGGUAAGAAUAGUUCAUCCGGUGGUGGAAACUCACAAAUGAGUGAAGGUUCACCAAGCGGUGGAAAUUCAUCAAGCGGUGCAAGUUCACCCAAAAAUGCAGGAAAACACAAGGAUAAAAGCACUAUUGUAGAUAAAAUUAAAUCCAAGAUUAAAAGUAAAUUGAAAGGAAAGAGUGGUCCAUCUAGUGGUGGAAGCUCACCAAUGAGUGGAGGUUCACCAAGCGGUGGUAGUUCACCUGGCCAAGAAAAUUCAUCUAGCGUUGCAAAUUCACCCAAGAAUGGAGCUAAACCCAAGGGUAAAAGCACUAUCUUAGAUAAAGUUAAAUCAAAGAUUAAAAGUAAAUUGAAAGGUAAGAGCGGUUCAUCCGAUGGUGUAAGCUCACCGAUGAGUGGAGGUUCACCUAGCGGUGGUAGUGCACCUGGCCAUGGAAAUUCAUCUAGCGGUGAAAGUUCACCCAAGAAUGGAGGUAAAACCAAGGGUAAAAGUACUAUCUUAGAUAAAGUUAAAUCAAAGAUUAAAAGUAAAUUGAAAGGUAAGAGCAGUUCAUCCGAUGGUGGAGGUUCACCGAUGAGUGGAGGUUCACCUAGCGGUGGCAGUGCACCUGGCCAUGGAAAUUCAUCUAGCGGUGAAAGUUCACCCAAGAAUGGACGUAAACCUAAGGGUAAAAGCACUAUCUUAGAUAAAGUUAAGUCAAAGAUUAAAAGUAAAUUGAAAGGUAAAAACGGUUCAUCUGAUGGUAAAAGUUCACCAAGCGGUGAAAGUUCAGCUAGCAGUGGAAGUUCACCUAGCGGUGGAAGUACACCCAAAAAUGAAAGUAAACACAAGGGUAAAAGCACUAUUCUUGAUAAAGUAAAAUCUAAAAUUAAAAGUAAACUAAAAAAUAAGAGUGGUUCAUCUGGUGGUGGAAGUUCACCAAGCGAUGAAAAUUCACAUGGUAGUGGAAAUUCAUCAAGCAGUGCAAGUUCAACUAAGGACGUAAGUAAACACAAGGGUAAGAAAAGUAUCAUAGAUAAAGUUAAAUCAAAGAUUAAAAGUAAACUAAAAGGUAAGAAUAAUUCAUCCGGUGGCGGAAGCUCACAAAUAAGUGAAACUUCACCAAGCGGUGGAAGUUCACCUGUCAGUAGAAAUUCAUCGAGCGGUGCGAGUUCACCCAAAAAUAAAGGUAAAGACAAGGUUAAAAGAACUAUUGUAGAUAAAAUUAAAUCCAAGAUUAAAAGUAAAUUGAAAGGAAAUAGUAGUCCAUCUAGUGGUGGAAGCUCAUCGAUGAGUGGAGGUUCACCUAGCGGUGGCAGUUCACCUGGCCAAGAAAAUUCAUCUAGCAGUGCAAGUUCACCCAAUGAUGGAGGUAAACCGAAGAGUAAAAACACUAUUUUAGAUAAAGUUAAAUCAAAGAUUAAAAGUAAAUUGAAAGCUAAGAGUGGUUCAUCCGAUGGUGGAAGCUCACCGAUGAGUGGAGGUUCAUCUAGCAGUGGCACUUCACCUGGCCAUGGAAAUUCAUCUAGCGGUGAAAGUUCGCCCAAGAAUGGAGGUAAAACCAAGGGUAAAAGCACUAUCUUAGAUAAAGUUAAAUCAAAGAUUAAAAGUAAAUUGAAAGGUAAGAGCGGUUCAUCCGAUGGUGGAAGCUCAGCAAUGAGUGAAAGUUCACCAAGCGGUGGAAGUUCAGCUAGCAGUGGAAGUUCACCUGGCGGUGGAAGUAUACCCAAAAAUAAAAGUAAACACAAGGGUAAAAGCACUAUUCUUGAUAAACUAAAAUCCAAGAUUAAAAGUAAACUAAAAGAUAAGAGUGGUUCAUCUGGUGGUAGAAGUUCACCAAGCAGUGGAAAUUCACCUGGUAGUGGAAAUUCAUCGAGCAGUGCAAGGUCACCUAAGGACGCAAGUAAACACAAGGUUAAAAAAAGUAUCAUAGAUAAGGUUAAAUCAAAGAUUAAAGGUAAACUAAAAGGUAAGAAUAGUUCAUCCGGUGGCGGAAACUCACAAAUGAGUGAAGGAUCACCAAGCGGUGAAAAUUCACCUGUUAGUGGAAAUUCAUCAAGCGGUGCAAGUUCACCUAAAAAUGCAGGAAAACACAAGGGUAAAAGCACUAUUGUAGACAAACUUAAAUCCAAGAUUAAAAGUAAAUUGAAACGAAAGAGUGGUCAAUCUAGUGGUGGGAGCUCACCAAUGAGUGGAGGUUCACCAAGCGGUGGUAGUUCACCUGGCCAAGAAAAUUCAUCUAGCGGUGCAAAUUCACCCAAGGAUGGAGGUAAACCUAAGGGUAAAAGCACUAUCUUAGAUAAAUUUAAAUCAAAGAUUAAAAGUAAAUUGAAAGGUAAGAGCGGUUCAUCCGAUGGUGGAAGCUCACCGAUGAGUGGAGGUUCACCUAGCGGUGGUAGUGCACCUGGCCAUGGAAAUUCAUCUAGCGGUGAAAGUUCACCCAAGAAUGGAGGUAAAACCAAGGGUAAAAGCACUAUCUUAGAUAAAGUUAAAUCAAAGAUUAAAAGUAAAUUGAAAGGUAAGAGCAGUUCAUCUGAUGGUGGAGGUUCACCGAUGAGUGGAGGUUCACCUAGCGGUGGCAGUGCACCUGGCCAUGGAAAUUCAUCUAGCGGUGAAAGUUCACCCAAGAAUGGAGGUAAACCUAAGGGUAAAAGCACUAUCUUAGAUAAAGUUAAGUCAAAGAUUAAAAGUAAAUUGAAAGGUAAAAACGGUUCAUCUGAUGGUGAAAGUUCACCAAGCGGUGAAAGUUCAGCUAGCAGUGGAAGUUCACCUAGCGGUGGAAGUACACCCAAAAAUGAAAGUAAACACAUGGGUAAAAGCACUAUUCUUGAUAAAGUAAAAUCCAAAAUUAAAAGUAAACUAAAAGAUAAGAGUGGUUCAUCUGGUGGUGGAAGUUCACCAAGCGAUGAAAAUUCACCUGGUAGUGGAAAUUCAUCGAGCAGUGCAAGUUCAACUAAGGACGUAAGUAAACACAAGGGUAAGAAAAGUAUCAUAGAUAAAGUUAAAUCAAAGAUUAAAAGUAAACUAAAAGGUAAGAAUAGUUCAUCCGGUGGCGGAAGCUCACAAAUAAGUGAAACUUCACCAAGCGGUGGAAGUUCACCUGUCAGUGAAAAUUCAUCGAGCGGUGCGAGUUCACCCAAAAAUAAAGGUAAAGACAAGGGUAAAAGCACUAUUGUAGAUAAAAUUAAAUCCAAGAUUAAAAGUAAAUUGAAAGGAAAUAGUAGUCCAUCUAGUGGUGGAAGCUCACCGAUGAGUGGAGGUUCACCUAGCGAUGGCAGUUCACCUAGCGGUGGCAGUUCACCUGGCCAAGAAAAUUCAUCUAGCGGUGCAAGUUCACCCAAGGAUGGAGGUAAACCCAAGAGUAAAAACACUAUCUUAGAUAAAGUUAAAUCAAAGAUUAAAAGUAAAUUGAAAGCUAAGAGCGGUUCAUCCGAUGGUGGAAGCUCACCGAUGAGUGGAGGUUCACCUAGCGGGGGCAGUUCACCUGGCCAUGAAAAUUCAUCUAGCGGUGAAAAUUCACCCAAAGAUAGAGUUAAACCUAAGGGUAAAAGCACUAUCUUAAAUAAACUUAAAUCUAAGAUUAAAAAUAAAUUGAAAGAUAAGAGCGGUUCAUCCGAUGGUAAAAGUUCACCAAGCGGUAGUAGUUCAGCUGGCUAUGAAAAUUCUUCUAGCGGUAUAAAUUCACCCAAGGAUGGAGGUAAACACAAAGGUAAAAACAAAAUCCUCGAUAAAUCUAUAAGUGGUUCAUCAAAGAAUAAAAGUUCAUCCAAAAAUAAAAGAAAAUCAGAUGGAAAAGCACAUGAUGUUUCAUCAGAUGGUGAAGGCUUACCUAUAAGUGGCGGUUCACCAAAAGGUGAAAGUUCACCUAGCAGUAACAAUGUAUCUAGCAGUACAAGUUCUCCUAAAGAUAUAAAUAAAAACAUGGAUAAGGAAAGCCCCAAAGAUAAAAGCAAAUCUAAAACUAAAAGUAAGUUCAGUGGUAAUAGUGGUUCAUCAAUUGAUGGAGGUUCAUCCAAUGAAGAUAAAUCAAGUGGAAAAGCAUAUGAUGAUUCAUCUAAUAAAGGAAAUUCACCAAUGAGUGGAGGUUCUCCAGAUGGUGGAAAUUCAUCGGUCGGUGAAAGUUCACGCAAAGAUAAAGAUAAAGAUAUGGGUGAAAGAAAAUUCAAAGAAAAAAUUAAAUCCAAGAUUAAAAAUAAAUUUCAAGAUAAAAAUGGAAGUUCAUUUGAUGGUGAAAGUUCACCGAUGAGUACGAAUUCACCAAGCAGAGACAAUUCAUUUAGUGGUGGAACUUCACCUAGAAGUAAAGGUAAAUUCACGGUUAAAAAAAAAUUCAGACACGAAAGAAAAUCUAAGAUUGAAAAACAGUUUGAAAGUCAAAAUGGUUCAUCAAUGAGUAGAAGCUCAUCCAAAAAUGAAAGCAGAUCAUAUGGAGAAUCAUCUAUGCGUUCAUUCAGUGAUUGAAAUUCACCUAUAAUGGAAGUUCAUCAGGUAGAAAAAGUUCACUCAGACAUAAGAAUGAACACAUAGAUACAAAUAAAUAAUAGAUAAAAUUAAAUCCAAAUACUAGAAAUAAAUUUGGUUGUCAUUGUGAUUCGUCGAUGGAUAGAGAUUUACCAUAUGGUGGAAGUUAACACAAUGAAAAAGUUCAAUUAACUAUAAAAAAUAUAUCAAAAUGAAUGUAGACAAGAGUAAAUAUAAAUUUAUAAAAAAAAAAUUAGUCGAGAUAUC